AUGAUCUUUGAUAUAUAUGUUGACUCCAUUUCUGUAGAGGAAAUUGGUGGUGCUAGGGUGACUGUUGUAAGAAAAGAACAAGGUGGGAACUCUGUGACAACGAUUUUGCUACGUGGAAGUACAGAUAGCAUACUUGAUGAUCUGGUAAGGGGUGUUGAUGAUGGUGUAAAUACUUACAAGGAUAGUAGAAUUGUGCCUGGAUCUGCAGCCACUAUAAUUGAAUUAGCAAGAAAACUGAAGGAGUUUUCUUUCUCAAAGACAGGAUUAGAUCAAUAUGCAAUUGAUAUGUCAAAGUUGGUAUAG